UACUGCCACUUUUCAAAGUUCUCUCUCACGAGUCACAAAAAGAAUUCAAGGUUAAGAGAUUUGAGUGUAAGAGUUGUUGGAGAUGAGUGAAAAGUAAGACGAUGAUAAUGGAAUGGGAUCAACAGCAAGAGAAUCAACUCCAAAACCAGAGGGAAGAAAACGGAGUAAUGUAUGUCAAAGUGAUGACCGAUGAGCAGUUGGAGACUCUCCGUAAGCAGAUUGCUGUUUAUGCCUCCAUCUGCGAGCAGCUGGUCGAGAUGCACAAGAACCUCACUGCCCACCAAGAUCUUACAGGCGGGAGGCUGGAAAAUCUGUAUUGUGACCCUUUAAUGACAUCCGGUGGACACAAAAUCAGUGCCAGACAGCGGUGGACACCAACAGCCGUGCAACUUCAGAUUCUGGAACGUAUUUUCGAGGAGGGGUCGGGAACUCCAAGCAAGCAAAAGAUCAAAGAGAUAACCUCAGAACUGAGCCAGCACGGCCAAAUUUCUGAAACCAAUGUGUACAACUGGUUUCAAAACAGACGAGCAAGAUCCAAAAGGAAGCAAGUAGUAGUGGCUGCAUCCUCCAACAACAAAAAUGGUGCCGAAUCAGAGGUAGAGAUCGAAGUGGAGUCACCAAAGACAAAGCCGGAGAAUCUUCUUCUCCUACCUCAAGCUCAACAAGAUGCGUGCUUUCAGAACCCAGAUAUAACCUCUCAACUGCAUUUCUUGGGCGGCAGCUACCACAUUUAUGACCAGCAUGCAUGGCAGGGUGAGUGAGAAAGCUAAUACAUACAUUCAAAAUGAGAUCAAACUGUUGAGUUGGAAAUGGACGUUUAUAGUAUGAAUUCAGUGAGAAUUUUACGCUGCUUUUUCAUUUUAA